AUGGCAGUUAUACUAAGUGAAAGAAAUGCCUCGGCCCGCAGCGUCGGAAGCAAACCGAGCUACUAUGUACCACUCCAUUGCGCAACUCAGUCGUGUGCUAUAGUCUCCUCACAAGCACCACGAUAUGUAGAAAUGGAGUCUCAUCGACAAACACUCCGCGAACUCAAAGCAGACGUCCUGCGACCCUCGAAAUGGAUAUCGUCAUACGAGAACUUUGUGACCAAGAACGUCAAUACAGUGAACCAGGUCGAAUCGGCGCUUAGGUCUCUUACAUAUAUUAUUCCUGGCCGAUUUCGUGAAUCAGAACUACCUUCAGAAUGCGUCCACUCCGGUGUCCAACUCCUCUCCCUAUACCAUGACUCUCUCGUCUCGCGCGUCAUCUCUCAACUCCCCUCCACCAUCCCACGACCCAUCCCCUCCCCGCACGCGCGAUACACCAAAUACUGGAUCAGCAAAUCCCCGCUAUAUCGCAAACUAGCCGUCGCACUACAGAUAAUCCAAUAUACUGAAUUACUAUGGGAAAUGACCGCACGCCGUCGAGGCGAAAAGGUUCGUUGGCGGGUAAUUGCGAUUAUAGAGUUCGCGAAAGCGGUUUGUCGGCUGUUAUUGUUGCGAUUGACGAAUUCGAGACCGCUGGUUAGUCCGCCUUUGCCGGAGAGGGAGACGGAUCCCCGUGCAGCUGAAGCCGAGAAGGAGGCUGCGGCGGGAGAUUGGAAUGGAAUGGAUGAGCCGAUUGAGGAGCCGUCCGUGUCGUCAUCAGAUCUAAGCUGGACAAUGCCCCGGACUGGUCUCACAUUGCCUAGCCUACCAGAUGCAAGUGAGAUAUCGAGUUAUCUCAUCUCCAAAGUACUCACGGCAGAUGACGUCAAGGCUCCUGCGUCGCUACUCCAUCGCGUCUCGGGACAGGGACAGUUUGCAGAGAUUCUUUAUAUUUUGAGGCCGGUCAUAUAUGCAUUGGCGAUGCAGAGAUGGUCGAAGAAUAAGCGAAGCUGGAGUCCGUGGUUGAUUGGCUUUGGAUUGGAAUAUGGAAGUCGACAGCUUGCGAAGAGAGAUCUUGCAGAGCGUGCUGCAGGCGGUUUGCGCGGUCUCACAGGCUUGGAGAGAGAUGAGUUGAAGAAGAGAGGAUGGGCGAUGGGUUGGUGGAUGAUGCGCGGCGCGUUCUAUGAGAAUAUCACCAAACCAUGGCUUGGAGGAUUGGCCGACAAACUCAAGGGCAAGCCUCUUUUGGAUAUUGUUGGGGGAUUACUGGAUGACUAUGAAUAUCUCUGGGACAAUUAUUACUUUUCGACGGCCAGCCUUUAG